AUGAAGCCACCAUCAUCACAAGAGCGCUGGCUUGAAAUAUCCGACAACUUCUAUAGGAAAACUAAUUUCUCUAAUUGUUUGGGUGCUGUAGACGGCACACACAUAAGACUGAUUGCACCACAUUUCGGUGGCUCAAAUUACUACAAUUAUAAGAACUACAAUUCUAUUGUAUUGAUGGCCGUCGUUGACGCGGACUAUCGUUUUAUAGCGGUGGAUAUUGGUUCAUAUGGUAGAGAAGGAGACAGCAGUAUUUUUAAACACUGGAACUUCGGAAAAAGACUCUCUGAGUAUCGCCUUAAUUUGUCAGCCCCAAAAGCUUUACCAAACACUACAAUGACGACCCCCCAUGUUUUUCUUGGAGAUGAAGCUUUUACCUUAGUUUCUGAUUUUCUAAGACCAUAUCCAAGGAACAACUUAAACAACACUUGUAGAGUUUUUAAUUAUAGACUCAGUCGAGCACGCAGGAUAGUGGAAUGUGCUUUUGGAAUUCUAAGUAACAAAUGGAGAGUUAUGAAAAACUACAACUGUGACUGA